AUAUUUCAGGAUCGAUCCGCACAUCACUACCAACAACAGAGAGGAGAGGAGCUGACAUAUAAGACCGAUGCUCACAGUCCUCGUUUCUAGUUGAGGGAACUGUUCACGAUCUCGGAUGGAUGUUUACAUGACCUUCGAUCAAUCUAUCUAAGACGGAGAAUUAGGGGGCAAACACAGAUUAGGCUCUAGAUGUAUUGGCAUCAGAGAUCUCAGUAUGAAGAAGUCAGUGCGGCCAGGGGUGAGUAAGGUGGGAGGAGAUCGAGGGAAGGCUGAAGCUACAGCCAACGCUGGCACAGGAAAACCUACCGCCAAGACCAGCACUAUAGCCCCUCUGUCUAAGGUGAAAAGCAAUGACGAUCUUCUAGCAGCUAUGGCUGGUGGAAAUCUUGCAUCAAGUAGUGCUGUCACCAAGACCAAAAGAACAGCUUCAGUUGGCACCAGUGUUACUAGUUUGGACAACAAACCAAAGACAACAGGAACUUCAUCCAAACGUACACCAUCAACUUCCAAAGAGCCAACACAAGACCGUCUUCGGACUUCCAGAACAUCAGCCACCAAAAAGCAGCUGGUGUCUGGGUCUAGAGUGGGAGAUGUGGCUUCUGGGAAGCGAUCACGUGGCCAAGUCCUUACAGAGUCUAAGGGUUGUAUGAGCAAAUCCAAAUCAGACGGUCAGAUCAGUGAUAAAGUGGCUCUGGAGGCUAAAGUUAAAGACUUGUUAAGUUUGGCUAAAAGCAAAGAUGUGGAGAUCCUACACCUGCACAGUGAGCUGAGGGACAUGAGGGCUCAGCUGGGUCUGGGAGGGAAAGAAGUCCAACCCCAGGAAGAAGUUGGUCUCAUGUCAAAGCCUCAUGUUUCAGCUAUCACAGUGGCAGAUGUGGAGUCCACUCUUAUUCUUCUACAGGGUCAGAACCAGGCCAUCAGAGAGGAGCUGAACCUUCUUAAGAGCGAGAACCGCAUGUUAAAGGACAGACUCAAUGCUUUAGGUUUCUCCCUGGAGCAGAGGUUGGACAGUUCUGAGAAGCUCUUUAACUAUAGCUCCCUUAGUCCAGACCUGGCAGCAGGCAGUGGGCAGAGCGAUGGUGGAGGCACAGGUACACUGACCUCCUCUGUAGAAGGCUCUGCUCCCGGUUCUUUGGAGGAUCUUCUCACGGGACAACAACACGGCGGCUCUGCAGAUAACCUGAACAGUGAAUCCAGUGAGGUGUAUCAGGCCAUCACCUCCAGUGACGAUGCUUUGGAUGCUCCAUCUGGAGCCUCCUCGUCUUCAGAGUCAGAGUGUGCACCGAGCAAGGAGUGGUCACGACGGGGCAGCAGUGGCAACGCCAGUGACGUGUCUGUUGCCUGUCUGACAGAGCGAAUCCACCAGAUGGAGGAGAACCAGCACAGCACUGCAGAGGAGCUCCAGGCAACACUGCAGGAACUUGCUGACCUGCAACAGAUCAUGCAGGAGCUGAACGGUGAGAAUGAGCGGCUUGGUGAGGAGAAGGUCAUCCUCAUGGACUCUCUCUGUCAGCAGAGUGACAGGCUGGAGCUUUAUGGCCGCCAGAUUGAGUACCUUCGUUCCCUGCUAGAUGACCAUCACAUUUCAUGUGUCCUAGAGGAGGACAUCAAGAGUGGGCGCUACAUGGAGCUGGAGCAGUGCUAUGCAGAUCUGGAAGAUAAUGCCCGCUUUGAGCGGGAACAACUCCUGGGAGUACAGCAACACCUGUCCAACACACUCAAGAUGGCAGAACAGGACAACGCCGAGGCCCAGGAGAUGAUCGGAGCUCUAAAAGAGAGGAAUCACCAGAUGGAGCGCACCUUGGAGUCAGAGAGACAGGAUCGCACAGCCAUGGCAGCAGCACUGGAUGAGUACAAGGUAGUGGUGAGCAACGACCAGGCGGAGCUUGGAGCAACGCCCGGGCGGAGCAGCCGCUGCCGAGCCCAGCUGGACCAGGAGAGGCAGAGGGUGGCGGAGCUCAACUCUCUCCACACAGCGGGGGACAAAAAUGAUAUCUGCCAGCUGCUGGAACGUGUUCGUCUGGGGAAGGAGGAGGCUGAGGCCAAGGCUGCGAAAACGCAAGACGAGCUAGAGCAGGCUCAAGAUGAACUCAGCCGCCUACAGGAAACUUUCAUUAAGCUGGACAGAGAAUACAGGGAGUUUCAGGAACAGGUGUGUCAGCAGAUGUCCGAGCAGGAGCGUGCUUUAGAGAAACAGCUCAUGGAGCUACAGGAGAAAGAGAGGGAGAUCGCUGACAUGAAGGAGACCAUCUUCGAGCUGGAGGACGAGGUGGAGCAGCACCGAGCUCUGAAACUCCACGACAACCUCAUCAUCACAGAUCUGGAGAACUCUGUGAAUAAGCUACAGGACCAGAAGCAUGACAUGGAAAGAGAGAUUAAGAUUCUUCAUCGUAGACUGAGGGAGGAGUCGAUGGAGUGGCGUCAGUUUCAGGCUGACCUGCAGACGGCCGUUGUCAUUGCUAAUGACAUCAAGUCAGAAGCACAAGAGGAGAUUGGAGAUCUGCGGCACCGACUGCAGGAGGCUCAGGAGAAGAAUGAGAAGCUGAGCAAAGAGCUAGACGAGGUCAAGAGCCGCAAACAGGAGGAGGAAAGAGGCCGAGUCUAUAACUACAUGAAUGCAGUGGAGAGAGACCUGGCUGCUCUCAGACAGGGAAUGGGUCUCAGUCGACGUUCUUCCACCUCCUCUGAACCUUCUCCCACUGUCAAAACACUCAUCAAGAGCUUUGAUAGUGCUUCACAAGGUCCAUCGAGCACCAGUGCUGCUGUCGCUCCAACAGCUACAGCUGCUCCACUCCCACGAACUCCGCUCAGCCCCAGCCCCAGCCCCAUGAAGACCCCACCGGCUGCUGCAGUUUCACCAAUACAGAGACAUUCCUCCAUUUCUGGGUCCAUGUCUGCAGCCAAGCCUCCGUCCCCUCGGAGUGAUAAGAGCCCCAGCUACACUGAUAUCAGUAUGCCAGCUGAGCAUCUUCUCAGGGGGGCCUCAGCCAGCAGACCUCCAUCUGUUUUUCAGAGGGUCUCCAACAUGGAUUCCAGUAAGGCAAUCUCAGUGUCCCGCAGGAGCAGCGAGGAGAUAAAGAGAGACAUGUCAGCUCCAGAUGUCGCCUCCUCAUCCUCCCUGAUGGGUAUCAGCGCAGCCUCAUCUCCACUUUCAUUGUCCUCCUCACCUACUGCCUCCGUCACCCCCACAGCUCACAGUCGUCUGAGAGAGGAGAGAAAGGACCCGUUGUCAGCACUGGCGAGAGAGUAUGGAGGAUCUAAAAGAAACGCUCUGUUGAAGUGGUGUCAGAAAAAGACAGAGGGCUACCAGAACAUAGACAUCACCAACUUCAGCAGCAGUUGGAACGAUGGCCUGGCCUUUUGCGCCGUGCUGCACACAUACCUGCCCGCUCACAUUCCCUACCAGGAGCUCGCUGGACAAGAGAAGAGGAGGAAUUUCACCUUAGCUUUCCAAGCUGCGGCGAGUGUGGGCAUCAAAUGCACUUUGGACAUUAAUGAGAUGGUACACACAGAAAGACCAGACUGGCAGAGUGUCAUGACCUAUGUCACUGCCAUCUACAAGUACUUUGAGACCUGACUGUCCACCGUCACAUCCAUGCUGUGCCAACAGAAGAUCCUCCUCAGCCCUCGGCAAUCCUUCAACACCACGGUGUCUCACUCAACUUCGCCACCAUGCUGCAGAAACACUCUGCUGCACUGCAUGCUGGUCCUUAGUAUUUAGCAAACAAAGAUAGACCAGAAGAGCUCCUCCACCCUCUGACUGCAGUAUCACACUGUGUAGCAUCACAGUCCUAAUCAAAGGCUUGCGUGCGUAUGUGUGUGGCUACUGUUACAUUAAAAGGUCAGCAGAAUUCACCUAAGUAACGACACGAAGGGGUGGAGACCUAGUUAGUGCCUUCUACCCGGGCUUUUGCAUUAGCUGUUUUUCUAUCACAUUUCACUCGGUUUUUCAUCAGUUAAAGGGAGAUUCCAGCAGAUCUGACAAAAUCUCCUGUAUUUUGUAUAGUGUGAAGUGGGGGAAAAAAGCUCUUCUGUAGAAUAUGAUGGAAUGAGUUGGAAUUUCCCCCAUCAACCCUGACAAUUUCUUUUAAAUAUGAAUUAGCACAGGUCGUGACAGUGUGAUGCAGUCUCAGUGAAUGAAGUGCCUGUUUGGUCGUUGCCAAAUACAUUUCACAGUUUGUUUUUUUACUUCUGGCAUCAGAAACCUCAAGGACAGAGCGACUCUAGAAACUUAUCUCCAGUGACUGACCUGAGUUUCAAGCACCGACAUUCUCUGUUACAUAUGCUACACACAUUUCGUUUGUUUUCCAGAAGAAGUAUUUAUAUUCAUUUAUUGCAUAUUUAAUAUUUUAUUACCACUUUUAGACUUUUAAGUUUUCAUGCUGAACCAAGAUGACUACAGUAUAUUUAUUAUUUGUAUGUUUAUUUUUUUGUCAUUGUAAUGAGGUCACUGCUUUACUUCUUUAUGUGAAUGUCUGUGUGUUUGGAGUGAAUAUAAAUGUAUUAUUUACAGUGAUGGUGACAAGAAGUAGCUGCACUGACAUAAGCUUUUUUUCCUUUGUAUUCCUCACUAACGCUAACUUAAAUGUGUGUUCGAACUAGUCUGGGUGAAAAGGUGACUCUGGACCUUUAACAGUUCUUUCUGGUGAAACUGACAUGUCCUUGGACUGUGCUGAUUUUUCUGCUCCAGGCAAAAGUGACUGUGAAAGACUUUUCUAAAAUAAGGUCCUCUUUUUUGUUUUCCCAUGCCUCUGGAGGAACUCUUAAACGAUAGUGAACCAUUUUGUGAUGUGGCUUGAACUUCCUCAUGUGCCUGGUGGAGACGACUGCAGGAUGUUUGGAUCUGGAACAGAUGGCGAUGUGAAGAGCAACAUCAAGAAUUUCUGUUUUUUUAUUACAUGCUAAGCCACAACAUCCACAGUGUCUCCAACUGCAUUAACGUCUGGUAAUUUAGCACAAGAAGCUGCAGCAGUGACACUGUGUGUGGAACAAAGACACAGACGGAGACAGUGAGUUUUUUAAUGUCCUUUAAAAGCCUCACCUCUCCGUGGACCAAUUCUGUGAGGAUCGUCGACCAACGCUGCUGGCCUCCUCCAUGUUUUAUGACAGAAACAUCUGAAAUCUUUUCUGAUCACACUUAAGUGUUGCUGAAACUUUCCAUGUCCGUGUUGCAUCGAUGUGGUCCAAUUGAUGAACGCGAGCCACGGCCUGCUGAGAGGAAACCAGGCUGAGGGCUCUGAAGAACAUUCCACUACCACGUGAUGCACAGGCCUGACAUCAUAUGGGAUCUGAGAGUGUGUGUGGCUUCACCGUGAAAUGAAUGUGAACAUGUCCGUAAUAGUUUUGCUGGCUACACAUCAUAGAACGCUACAUUAACUUCUCCUUAGAUUACUAGUUUACAGUGCUCUGAGAAUUUUACUGAACCUGCUUUAGUGUCUUUUUGUUUGCCUUGUUUAUUUUUUUAAAGGUCCACACUACAGAAAAGUCCUGAUCACUAAUGGAAGGGCUAAAUGGUCCCAUGGCAGAGUCGAUGCCAUGCGUGUGUGGGAGAGCGUGUUAACAGGACUAUGCUACAGUACUAAGUGCACACUAUGAUGACAAUCAGUUGUUUAAAAUAAAGCUUGUCUGGUUUUGUGUUGCUUUAAUUUUCAUUUUUGAUAGAAAUAGUAAUAAAGGACAGUUUGAAACGUGUGUGAAGGUUUACUGGCUAAGAAUCAGUGUGUGUGUAAAGGUGAGUUGCUCACCAAUCGCUUUCCCAAACUUCAGAAAAUGACAAUGACUUAAUGUAUUAAACUACACAAAGAAGAGAUUUUAAAAAAAAUGAUGUACAGUAAAAAACUUUUACAAAUAAA